AUGAAUUUCAGAAAAUGCUUAAUUUCAUCUGAAACUCUUUGAUCAAGAAUAAAAUCUGCAAUUUUUCAAACAUUUUAUGACAUUUACAACGAUGAUGGCCAAACCCAAUCAAUAUCAAGAUCAGAAAAGCCUUUAGUUGGAAUUGUAAAUAUACUUAUAACUCUCCAAAUGAUGACCCAACUAUGAUAUCCGGAGAUCAAUAUUUCAAAUUGAGAUGCUUAUUCGCUCUUAUGAAAUGCAAUUAGUUUUUCAAGUAUAGACUUUAUUUGCGCAAGCUUCAAUAAUGGUCUAUCCUUUUGCUUUUACAGCGGUAUUGCUUUUGUCUUCAUUAUGACUAUGGGCUUAAUUUCCUUGACAUUUUUCUGUUUUAUUAAGAAAAAAAUUCAUCCAAUAUUUAUUCUUAUUUUAAGAAAAAUAAUACUUUUUUCAAAAAGCAUAGGCCAUAUACCUAUAAUGAUGGUUAUAAUUAUUUGGGUUAAAUUUUCAAGCAAUCGAGAUAAAGUCUCAGAAAACUAUCCUUAUUCCGCAGAGUAUUCAGGAUCAUUGAAGUUUAACAAUUCUCUCCAAGGCUUAGGGAUAGCAUUUGUUAUUCUUUUCAAUAUUAUUUUAGUUUCAGCAGAAAUAUUUUCUACAGAAACUAGACAUAGUUAUUUCGAAAAAAAUAUUUUAGCAAGAUCGAGAUCGUUUCCUGAUGUUUUAGGAUGCAUUUGCAACAGCAUUUUUGCUUGUGUUUUUACAUUCAUUGAAAAAAAAUUUUGGAUUUAUGGACUUUAUGCAUUUUCCAUCACAUAUUUUAUAAUUGGAUUAAUUUUUUAUUUGCAGAUUCCGUAUUACAAUGCGCUACCAAACUACAUAAAAGUCGGAAGGCAUUUAGUGUGCUCAUUUACAGCAUGCUCUUUUAUGAUUGGGAUUUAUAUGAACAACGCCCAAGUUAUUUUUCUUACCGUGCUUGUAAUAAACCCCUUGCUGACUCUCAUAAGCCUUUAUUCUUUAAACUGAAGAAUUAGCAAUAUUAAAAUAAAAGCCCCACAAAACCAAUUUUCUUUUGAAUUAAAAAUGAGAAAUCAGCUAAUAGCACCAAAAAUUGAAAAUAAGCAAGAAAUGAUAAAUAGAUUUUCUGAUUGUUUUUCUAAUAAGAACUUUCGGCUUGGUAAACUUCUUGGUGUUUGAGAAGCUUAUUUUUGUGUUGAUGGACUCAAAGAUGUAAGACUUGCAACUGUGAAGCUUGCACAAGUCCAUACUAUAGAUUCAAAUAUAGAAGAAUGCUAUCAAGAAUUUAUAUGCAACAAAAAUCUGAAGCAUGAAGGAUAUAUCAUGUAUGAAGACACUGCAUUUUUAAAAUAUUUGAAAAAUAUGAACAAAGUAAAAAAUGACGAUAAAGGAUUGCUCUUUGACAUUUUAAAUUUUUCUGAUGAAAUCAGCCUGAGAAGGCCAAGUACCGAAAGAAUCCAAAAAUAUUCAAAAUCAAUUUCUUUUAAAGUAAAUUUUUUGAAAAAAAAAUAUUCAAAACUGGUUUUAAGAUUUCCCAAUAUGGCGUCGUCAAAGAUGCUUUACGGAUCUUUUUUAAGAGAUAUUUUAAACGAGAAAGAUAGCAAUUAUUUCAUGUUCAUUAACAAUGAAUCUAGCAAGCAAGCUCCUGUAAAACUUAAUGAUCUCGGCAGAAUAAAUACAUUUGAUGAGACGCAUGGAAUUUUGUGAACAUCUGCAGAGAAAAGAAUACAUUACAUUAAAUUAGAAUUUAUAACGUUUAACGUCCACUACGGGGUGACAACCCCAGGUACUAUCACUCGCCUUCGUCGCAUCAGACCCACAGGUCGCUGGAGAUGGCCUACUUCGAUCACCAGGGUGCUUCUUGGGAAAGUGUUCCGGCUUCGACGGCUCAUGGAUGAGUUACUUGCUUGUUACAUGGGUUGCUUUUCCGAAAACCCAAAAAAUGGAUUUUCUGGUCAGCUGUCGGCAAAAAGGAAAAAUACAUAGCCUGGGACGUAACGCCCAGUUUCACGCUAGGGAGUUGCCCGAUUGGUCCAGAGGACUCUGCUGAGCUUCCUCUUUCCAACUCCGUACCCUCCUUCCCCACGAGGAAAAAUCCACCCCUGAGAAUAGACUAGGACUAGGCUCUGAACACAACCAGAAUUGCUUACCUAGUAUUGCCGUCCAUCUCUAGAAUGGUAAAACCUUGCCGGAUAUAAUUAAAAUAUGAGUCGAGGCUGCAUAGCCGGGAGGCCAUGCCCAGACGAAGACGCCAUAUUUUAAUUAUGCAGAAAAGAAUAACUUUGGGGAUAUAAUUUAUGUGAAUGAGAUUUUUUCACAAAUGCUUGGCUAUCAAGUGAGCGAUCUUUUAGAGUCUUCACUUAAAGCAUUAAUACCUUAUCCUUUUUAUGAGUUUCAUAAUAAAGUGAUUAAUAAAUACAUUCAAUCUUGCACUGAUUUAGAAGCAAAAGUUCCUACUACACUUUUUAUGCAGAAUAAAGCUGGUCUACUUGUUGAGUGCACAGUUAGAAGCCGUUUUAUAGCAUUAAAUAGCUAUCGGUUCUUUUUAACAUCUGUAAGCCAAAUCGACACUUCAAGAGAAUGUGCGCUUUUAUCUGAAGAUUAUAGCGUCUAAAUACCUCUUGACGCAAUUCUUCUCCGAAAUUUGGAGCUUAACGAGUCGCCUCAAGGUGUAAGUUAACUCCUGGCAAAGGAUAGCUCUUGUAAACUUGGAGUUGACUUGCCACCUUUUUGGUGCUCAUCAGAACUCCAAAUUGCAGAAAAUAAGUUCCAUCAAGACGCACUAUAGGUAUGAAAAGGUAUACAAUAUUUAUAAUUAUACGAGCAAUUUCAUAUCGUGGCUUGAUACUCCCAAUGAAAGCAUUAAAGAUAGAAACAUCAUUAAGUAUAUCCCAGAUUACCAAGAAAUUGCCAAAAAUCCAUUUGUACCAUGCUUGACAUCGCUUAACGGCAAAAAAGUUGCAAUUGUCCAUGAAGUUAGGCAUUUUUCAACUAUAAAUAUGAAUAUUGCUCUAAUAGUUUCAGAUCAUGAAGAAAUUAAAGCAUGAACUCAAGGUAUUCAUGAGGACCAAACAGUUUAUCAAUACGGUGGAGAAAAAACCAAUAGCAGACUAACUGAAGCGCUUUCAAUGGAAAUAUAUGGGAAAAAAGAUAUUGAAGAAGUAUUUAAAAUUGCAUCAGAACAUUUAUUAAUUGAAAAUAAAAAAAUCAAGGAAAAAAUGUCAGAUAUCGAAGACAAAUCAGCUGGGGCCAGCAGCACACUUUCCAAAUUUUUUAGAAAUUUAAAAGCCGGGACUCAACACAAUCUAAUAAGCCAGUCGAUUUUGUCGAUAAAAAUAUUUGGGUGGGUAGUAUUCUGAACUGUAAUUUAUAUUUAGCUAUUAGCAAUUAUUGUUGCAAGUACAGCACAACUUAUAUAUUCGUCUCAAGAAAUUUAUGCAGCUUCUUCUAUAGAUACUAUUAGCGAUUUAGGGCAAGUACUUUACACCCUUGCAAAUAUAGGCAUAAAUGCGCGUCUAAGCGAUUGAUCAUAUAGAGUUAAGUCAAAUUUUGUUAAAUAUAAUUUGGAGAUUCUAAAUAAUAGUUUGAGUGAGCUUAUGGACGCAGAAGCAAGUUUACUUGAAAAUAGUGGCGAUUGAGCAUAUUGUUCAAGUACAAAUUUGAUAAAUUUCCAAGUUAUUCCUACAUGAAGUUAUAUUAAUAACAAUACAAUGGUUCUCUCAAAAGCCAACCUUAUUGAUGGAAUUCAAGAAUUUGUCAAACAUGUAAUUUUAAUAUAGGCUGUGCAUUACUUAACAGUUCCUUAUGAUUUAGAUGCACAUUAUGGAGAUUUAUAUUUUUUGGUUAAUAAUGGAAUUGGAAAUUUUUAUAUUUAUCUCAAUCAGACUUUUGAUUCUCUUGUAGAUUGCGAAAUUCAAAAAAUAAAUGAUUUAAGUCGGAAUAUUUAUAUUCUAUAUGCUUUUGAUGUAACUGUGUUGAUUGGUGGAUUAGUAAUCCUGGCGGUCUUUGGCAUAAGACUAAAUAAAAUGCAAGAUAAGCUGUGAGCAUUCUUAAUUAAAAUUUCCCAAAUGGUUAUGCAAAAUAUUAGAGAAAACUGCAUCAAUAGACUAUAUGAAGUUCACGGAUGUGAUGCAAUGCAAAUAAAGCCAGAAAUAGUAUUCAAAAAUGGGAUUCGCAUAAAGGCAAACUAUAUUUGAUCUGUAUUGUGAAGAAUAUCAAUUAUAUUUAUCUGUGCUUUAGUUUUUGAAACUGUUAGAACAUUUGUAUUAUAUGAAAACUGCCAGCAAUUACUAGCAAAACGGUCAGAUUUCUUAAAAAUUGCGACCCUCAGAAGAAAUUACUUAGUUGAAAUUAAUAUGUGAUUUAGGGAAGCUAAUGCUGUUGCAAGAAAUCUAACAUUUUACCAAUUUUAUCCUGAAAGUUAUUUGUUUAAUAACUGGCACAGUGAAUUUUAUUCAUUAAUAAACAAGAUAAAAUACGUCAACAAUCGAUAUCAUUCACCUGAAUUUAUGGGUCUUAUAUCAGAUAGCACAUUAAAUGAUAUUUAUUCUAAUUCUUCUUAUCCUGGCUUUCCAUGAUUAGACUAUGGAACUUAUGCGUCUUAUAACUUAGCCCUGCAAGAUGUCUAUCAAUCCGCAUUUAAUGGUUUUAAUACGCGGUAUGUGUAUAAUUUCACAACGUUCACAGUGAAUAAUGAAAAUGAAAUUAUAAGCAAAAUCAAUUUAGAUUCAAAAGAUAAGGUUACUUCUCAGGUUAACUUCAUUUUUUCCUUAUCCUUGCUCUAUAUGAUUUUUUCAUUUGUGGCUUGUUUUGUGUAUUAUAUCCCUUAUCUUAGAAAUGAAAUCAAAAAACUAAGAGAACUUCAAGAUCUUAUACAUUUGCUUGAAACACCACUAAUAUAG